AUGGCAGGGCAAGUAAAUGGCAAGGGCAAGUCUAAUGGCUAUCACUCCGACUCAGAGUCUGAAGCUGAUGAUCUUUUCUUUACAGGAGUGUGUAGAUCCGAACGAGCACGGCAACUUCUCCGUUUUAUCGCACACGUUGAACAAGCAGAUACUCCAGGACAUGCUGAGGUUAUCAACAAGUUGAAGGAGAAGAAGGUGGAAGUCGCCUGGAUUCAUGGGUUGGCGCAGCUCACGCCCGAGAGCCAAACUGAGGAGCAGUGGCUCAAGUCUUGGGACGGGCGUAAGGGUAAUGUUACUGCGUGGAUCGCUAACAACAUCGCUAACUGGAGUGAGACCAUGGGAGAAGGAGAUAAGAAAAGAUUGACAGAUGAGGGCAACUUACUUAUGAAGGAGUCUUCUAGACUUGCUCUCAAGCAACACGCGGCUGAUAACAAGCACCUCCCUACUCAUGAUGACCCUCCUGCUAAGGCAAGCGAUGAGUUGGCACGUGUUUUCGAGAUGGUACGUCUUGAAGAAGCUGCUGAGACUUCGACUGAUACGGCAUCUGAUCAAGCGACCGAGGAGAACGAUCUUUCACAGGCUGACAAGUUCCUGAGCAACGUUGCACAGACAGGUAGCCCAGAGGACAUUGUCGGCGCUCAUGAAAAUUUGGAACGCAAGGAUAAGCGAACGACUUCUCUAAAUCAACAGGAUCAUGAACUCCCACCAACCACAGAGGUCUUCAAGGCAAAUGAACCCCCUCGGCCUGUUACUGAGCUUACUCCAGAGGAAGAUCGGGAGAUGGAAAGAUGUUGGAAUAGAUUUCGAGAUUAUCUCGCGCGUCAGGACAUGCUAGGGUCUGCUCUCAAUCAACAGGAUGACCAAGUUUCGCCGCCCUUCAAACGCAUAGAUUCAGACCCGAAGGUAAAUGCGUUUGCUAAUUGGGUUGCCCGACGCCAUGGACUUCGUGAGCGAGAUGAACGCAUCGCUCGAGAUCGGGGAUACGGCAUAAAGUGGAAGGGAGAGAAGGCAAGUCUGUUCCCGCUGGAUAGGGCAGUUAAACGGGCUGAUAGGAAGAAGGCGAGGGCUAUGGGGAAGAAAGUUAGGCGCGAUUGCGCUCAGUACGAGUGUUUGGCAUUGCUGGCCAUUGAGAACACCGACGUGAGCGCAGGGCAGAACAAGCACGUCUUGAUGCAGAUGUCCAAGCUCGACAUCACCCACGACAGCAUGAACGUGUCUAUCAGCGGACAGAGAGCGACAUGA